ACAUUCUUCACUCAACCACAUCCAUAUUCAAUUUGCAAAUUCGAAAACCUAAAUUCUCAAUUUCUUCAAUGGCGCCAAAGGGGGAGAAGAAGCCAGCUGAGAAGAAACCCGCGGAGGAGAAGAAAACGACUGUAGCUGAGAAGGCUCCGGCUGAGAAGAAGCCAAAGGCCGGAAAGAAGCUGCCUAAGGAUGGCGGUGCCGCCGCCGGAGACAAGAAGAAGAAGAGAAACAAGAAGAGUGUGGAGACAUACAAGAUCUACAUCUUCAAAGUUCUGAAACAAGUUCACCCUGACAUUGGCAUCUCAAGCAAGGCCAUGGGUAUCAUGAACAGUUUCAUCAACGACAUCUUCGAGAAGCUAGCUGCCGAAUCUUCAAGACUUGCAAGGUACAACAAGAAGCCAACAAUCACUUCUAGGGAAAUUCAGACCGCGGUCAGGCUUGUUCUGCCCGGAGAAUUGGCCAAGCAUGCCGUCUCUGAGGGUACCAAAGCUGUGACUAAGUUCACUAGUUCUUAGAUUUUUAGGUUCUUGUUUGCUGCGUUGAUUUUGAACUUUUAUCUUUUGUAAAUUGGAAUGAAGUAGUGGGAACCGUUGAAUCUUUUCUGUGUAUGAAAAUGAUGAUUUUAUUCUAAUAUACUUCAAAAUGACUUAUCUUAAA